ACUUGACACUUUUCAUAAGUUUGGUGGGCAGAGCUGCGACUGAGACCAAGUCAGACAUAUGGAUGAGGUAGAAGUUUUUAGAAAAUGAGAGCAGGUGAAGUCUGCAGAACGGAGGAAAAUGAGGUUUACAUUUGAUUUCAUUCAUUAAUGUGAACGGUCGGUGUUUCAGCCAUGCGCGUAAUUUAGAGUUAGUUUACUGAGGAGGAACCACGAUGGGAUGUUUAUAAAAGAGGAAGACGUGGAUGUGAAGGGGAAGCUGCGACGAAAUUAGACCAAAAAUGAAGAAAACGAGGUCGACUUUAACCGACGGGAUCAUCUCUUGGUGGAUUUAACACUUUUUUUUUUUUUUUUUACGAUGCAAAAGAAGAGAUGGAUGCGUCGGAGGCUGCCCGUUCUGAUCUUCACCGUCUUCAUCAUCCUUUAUGUGGAUUUCCACUUACGCACCAGCAGCCUCCCCAAACUCAGCCUGGUUGACGGCGCGCGCCCCCCCGGUGCGCUCCACCGCUCCAUCCAGCAGGCUCCUCCAUCCGUGCGUAAAGACGCACAAGACGCGGCUUUAAACACCAGCGGCAGCCUCAGCCCGCAAACCCCAAAUGUCAACGGGGCAGAGUCCGAGGAGGCCCGUGUCACCCGGUCCACACUGAAGGUGGAGGAUAUCUACAUCGCUGUGAAAACCACCGGGAAGUUCCAUAAGACGCGUCUGGCGCUGCUUUUGGAGACGUGGAUCUCCAAAACCAAAGCGCACACUUUUAUCUUCACAGAUGCUGAGGAUGCAGACCUCAGUUCAGCAGGUUAUAACCUGGUCCAAACCGGCUGUCAGUCCGACCACAGUCAGCAGGCUCUGUCCUGUAAGAUGUCUGCAGAAUACGACGGCUUCAUGGCGUCUGAUAAGAGGUGGUUUUGUCAUGUGGACGAUGACAACUACGUGAACCCGCACACCCUCCUGUCUUUGCUGCAGACUUUCCCCCAGGACGCCGACAUCUACGUGGGCAAACCCAGCCUCGACAAACCCAUCACCGCCCAUGAGCUGCUGGAGGGAAACGCAACGAGGGAAGUCCAGUUCUGGUUCGCAACAGGAGGAGCUGGGUUCUGUCUCAGUCGGCAUCUGGCGGAGAAGAUGGUUCCCUGGGCCAGCGGCUCCAGGUUCGAGCAGACGUCUGCGUCCAUCCGUCUCCCAGACGACUGCACCGUGGGCUUCAUCGUGGAGAAGCGUCUGGGCGUCUCUAUGGUCCACUGUCACCUGUUCCACUCACACCUGGAAAACCUGCUGCUCAUCAGCCAGAGGAAUCUACCGCAGCAGGUGACGCUGAGCUACGGGAUCUUUGAGAAUAAAAUGAACAGCAUUGAGGUGAAAGGGAGCUUCUCUAAGGAACAAGACCCCUCCAGGUUUAAGACGGUCCACUGCAUGCUCUACCCGUUCACCAGCUGGUGUCCCUGAAUGCAACACAGAAGAAAAUGGAGGACGUAAAAGACAAAUGAGACUGAAAUGAUAUUUUUUAAAAACAGAUCAAACACCGAAAAUCAGACACAGACGGUGAAUGGCUCUGAUUGGUUCAGACGUUGUUUCAGGAGGAUGAAGCCACAGACUCGGAACACGGAACCCUGGUUUUCCUUCCUUUUCAGCGUCAGCACCUGCUUAAAACAGCCUCUAAACCAGGGGGGUCAAACAUGAGGCCCGUGGGCCAGAACCAGCCCCCCAAAGGAUCCAAUCUGGCCCAUAGGAUGAAUUUACAGACAUUAACAGUCAAGGGUGUUGAACUCAUUUUAGUUUGUUC